AUGAUAUACAAAAGCAUAGAUUUUGAAGCUUUAAAAAAAGAAGUAAAAAAUGAAGAAAAAAACAAAAGUGGAAUACAAUUUAAGUUAAUAAAUUCUUUUUAUAUGUAUAAUUAUAUUCAGUUGUUACCAGAUGAAGGAAUAAAUAAAAGUUUAUUUAUUAUUGAUAUAAGGUCUGAUGAAUUAUUUAAGGAAAAUCAUAUAAAGAAUUCUAUAAGUAUAAAAAAUGUAAGUAAGAUUAAUGAAAUAAAGAAUGAAAUAAAAUCAAAGAAAAAAGUAAAAAUUAUUUUUUAUGAUAAUGAAGAAAUAAAAGAUUUAAAUGAUUAUAAUUAUAUAUUGAGUAAUUAUUUUUUUAACGUUAAAGCGGAUUUCUAUUUUUUAAAAGGAGGUUAUAAAAAUUUUGAAAAAGAGUAUUUUUUUUUAUGCUUAAAUAAUGAAGAUGAAAAAGAGUUUUCACAAAAAUAUAUUCCUUACUUUAAUUAUCCAAUUAAAAUUUGUGAUAAUAUUUAUUUAGGAAAUUUUGUUCAUAUUAAUAAUCCAUUUGUAAAUAAAUUUUUAAAAAUAAAACAUAUAUAUGAUUUUACUUCCAGUGGUUUUGUGAUAAAAGAUGAUUAUGAAUUAAUUUAUUAUAGAUAUGAUGUAUUAAAAAAAAAGUUAGAAAAUAAAAAUCUUUUAAAAAAUGAAUCUAUAAAUUUUUACAAUUUCUUAGACACUCGUAUGAUAUAUGAUGUUAUAUACAGUAUGGUUAAUAAUGUAAAAGGUGAAUCAUCUAAUGAAGUUUUAAAUAAAGGUAAAAAUAAUAAUGAAAAUAGAGAAAAUGACAAUCAAAUUUUAAAUUUAAAACUAAAAAGUAAUGAAUUUGAUAUAAAUAAUGAAUGUGAGAGCAUAAAGAAAAAAAUGGAAAAAGAAAACAUAUUAAUAAUAUGCAAUCAGGGUAUUAAAAACCAAACAAAAGAGAAAAUAAACAGUAUAAGUUUAAUUAUUUGUAUGUGUUAUAUAAUUUUUACAAAAAAAUACAAUGUUAAUUUAAUAAUUGCAUAUAUUUUAAAAAUAUGCAAUAAUUUAAAUAUAAAUUCUCAAACACUUAGUUUUUUAGAAAAUUUUUAUGAAUCUUUAAUAAAAAGCAAUUUUAAUUUGGAGUAUUAUGUGUUAAAAAAUCAAUUGAAAAAUAAAAAGAUUAAUGGAGAAUCAAAUGUGAAUAAUGAAAAUGAAUCUUUAUUAAAUAUCAUUAAAAGUGAUAAUUUUAGAAGAUUAAUUAAAAAGUAUGAAAUAAAUAGAUCAUUUAUAAUUCUAGCAAAUACGAAGGAAUACAUUCUAUCUAUAAAUGAAAAAGAAAUAUUAGACGUUAAUAUAAUAAAGGAAAAAACUGCAAAAAAAGAAAACAUUUCUUAUAAGUAUAUAAUGCCAUCUAUAUUAUUUCAUAUAUGCAACUGUAAAAAAAUAGAUUUUGAAGAGAUUAACAACCUUUUAGAAAUAACUAUAAAUAUUAUAAAUGAUGAUCAAAUAGAAAAUUCAUUUAAAAUGCCUUACUUUUCCUUAAUAAUUAUAAAUUUAUGUAAAAUUAUAUUUUUUGAUAAAAUUGAUAUGAAUAGGAUAAAAGAAAAUGAUUUAGAAGAAAAAAAUAAAAAUAUGGAAUAUAAUUUAUUUUCCUUAAUAUAUAAUAAUAUCAUUAUUUGUAUUGAUUAUAUUGUAAAUAAUAAUCAAGAUAAUUCUAUUAGAGAAGAGUUUGAAAUAACUUUAAAAAUAAAAGAAGAAAAUUUAGAAAACAAAAAAAUUGAUAAAAAAAUAUAUAUGAUGUUUUUAUCUUUGAAGUAUCUUUUAGCAUCUUUUUUUUAUUUUUAUGUAUAUCCAACUAUAAUAAAUUUAAAAUUUUUUUACAUGGAUAAAAUAUCUUGUAUUUUACAAAAAAUUGAUAAGUUUGCAGAUUAUUAUUAUUCUAUAUUUAAAAUUAAUAUUAAUCUUUUUCAAAAUAAGAACUAUAUAGCACAAAUGUGUUCUUAUGAUUAUUUGCCUAUAUAUUUUUCAGAUAUAUUAAGACCAUUUAUAAUAAUUAAUAAUUAUUUAAAUUAA